AUGAAUGCGUCGACGUUCCCAGACACCACCAUUGCUCGGGAUUCUGAAAGUUCUGACUUUGAGUUGAUCAUUCGCCAGCAGCCCGACCGGGCGCGGGUUGCUGGGGGAAAGGAGAAAGAGCGGAAGCCGGUUGACCCGCCACCGAUCGUGCAGGUCCGGGUGAGAGAGGAGAACAGUUACCUCGCGCAGCACUACCUUCAGAGUCCGUACUUUUUUAUGUGCUGCAGUCUCUAUGAUCCAACAGAGGACCGCCCAGUGCCUGUCGCACCGUCUACGGCUCUUGCGGGGACGUUGGUUUCUUCUCUUCAUCGACUGAAGGAUGUGGACAACACUGAUGGCGGGUUUUUCGUCUUUGGAGAUCUGUCUGUUAAGAUCGAAGGGGAGUUUCGACUGAAAUUUGCUUUGUUCGAGAUACGAAAGGACUACGUUACAUAUUUAAAAUCCAUACUCUCUGAUCGGUUUACUGUAUCACCUCCUAAAAGUUUCCCAGGAAUGGCAGAGUCGACUUUCCUGUCCAGAUCCUUCGCAGACCAGGGUGUCAAGUUGAGAAUCCGAAAAGAACCCCGGACAGUAAUGAAACGGGCCGGUCCACGGCCUGAAGACUUCCCCCAACCGCUCCCUCCUCGGUCCCCAGAUCGAACAUCUCUGCAGAUGCCCGGGUCCGUAUUUGGAGGCUACCCAGCCACCGGGCGAGACUACACAUACUACGGAGGGCCGGUGAAGCGAUCACGGACGUCGAUGGAUUAUGGAGCACGAAACCUGUACGAUGUGGACGGUCGGAUGGUGCGCCAGAUGGACGCGUAUUCGCAGGCGACGGCCUUGUAUCCAAGUCAGACGUAUCAGACGCCCCUUCUGCAGGGGUAUGCCACUACGACACCGAGGCCCACCGGGGUGCCGGACUAUACGAUCCGACAGCCGCCACCGACUACGACGGCUACGGCGCAGACGUACGCGCCUGCUCAGGAUCCUAAAAUCCCGCCUUCAUGGAACUGGAUAGACUUUAGCCGGAGUUCUCAUCGUUAG